AAUUAGACAAGUUUAGCUUUCAAUGUUUGUAGGAAUUAUGCCAUAGUUAAAUGCUCCGGACUCAUUUGAACAAGAUUGCAGGUGCAAAAAACUAUGAAGCACUCAAAACCUCUGAACCGCAAUUACACACCACUAGUGAACCAAGUCCUGACGGCCAUGCUCAAAAACCAACCUUUUGACCCAAACCCCUCAGUUUCAGCCACCACAACUCAACCAUGGACCUCCGACUCAGUCUCCCAAGUCCUAACCUCCAUCCCCAGAUUCUUCUUCCAGUCCCCUCGCUCCAUAGGUCGCCAAGCCGGCUUCCGGCACCGCGCUCCGUUAAAGCAACGCCAUCUCAGGCGAGAAACAUAUGAAUUCCACAACGACGUGCUCAUUCUUGGCCCAGCAGCUGCCCACAGAGACCUCAGCAAGGUCAAUCUGGGAGUGGACAGAGCCCUCGAUUUUUACUACUGGGUCGAAACCCAUUUCGGGUUCAACCACAAUGAGCGAACUUGCAGAGACAUGGCUGUCGUUUUGGCUAAAGGGAAUCGGUUGAAGGCCCUCUGGGAUUUUCUGAAAGACAUGUCGAAGAGAGGGGGUAGUGAAAGCCCUCUUGUAACGACACAGUCGAUCACCUGUUUGAUGAAAUGCCUAGGAGAAGAGGGAUUGGUCAACGAAGCAUUGGCGGCUUUCUAUAGGAUGAAGCAGUUUCAUUGCAAACCGGAUGCGUAUGCUUACAACACUAUUAUUUACGCGCUUUGCAGAGUUGGGGAUUUCAAGAAGGCUCGGUUUUUGCUGGAGCAGAUGGAGCUGCCGGGUUUUCGAUGCCCGCCGGAUACAUUCACUUACACGAUUUUGAUAAGCUCGUAUUGUAGAUAUGGGUUGGAGACUGGGUGCAGGAAGGCCACUAGGAGGAGGUUGUGGGAAGCAAACCACAUGUUUCGGAAUAUGCUCUUUAGAGGUUUUGUUCCUGAUGUUGUGACUUACAAUGCUUUGAUCAAUGGUUGUUGCAAGACUUACAGGAUAGAGAGGGCGUUGGAGUUGUUUGGGGAUAUGAAGAAGAGGGAUUGUACCCCCAACCGGGUUACUUAUGAUUCGUUUAUUAGAUGCUAUGCUGCUGUUAAUGAGAUUGACAAGGCUGUGGAUAUGUUAAGAAGGAUGCAGAAUAUGAAUCAUGGAUUGGCCACUUCAAGUUCGUAUACUCCAAUCAUUCAUGCCCUGUGUGAAGCAGGAAGGGUUACAGAGGCUUGGGGUUUUCUUGUUGAGUUGGUUGAUGGAGGGUCAAUACCUAGAGAAUAUACUUACAAAUUAGUUUGCAAUGCAAUGAGUUCAGCUGGAGAGGUCAAUUUACUUGAUGAUGGCCUGCGAAAAAGAAUAGAAGAUGGUAUGCAGAGGAGAUAUAAGCACAUAAUGAAGGUGAAGCCAAUAAUGACUCGCAAAGGGUAUGAUAGCAUGGUGGAAACAUGAUCAUUUUUUAAGAGGUUUUGCUCUACCCUAUCAAGAAUUGCAGAUGGCAAGAGUCUCUGAUAAUAAUCUCUUCUGGAGCUCUCAAGUUUGUUACUGAGCAGCCAUGGCUACCUCAACAGUCAAGUGCGCGGCUGCACUCCUUUGUUUACAAAUGGAGGUACUAACCAUGAAGUUCAUGCACUUCCCUUGGUUGGCAUACAAAAAUCUCAUCUCGAUGAACAAUUGAUAUAAGAUAACUUGUUAAUGAUUCUUGUCCUCCUGUUAUAUAUUUGUAGAGCAACUGUUUGAUUUGUAUGAUGUAUCUAGUAUAAAGCAAUUUUCAGUCAGCAUCAGGCACAUGGAUUUGGCCAGGGAUGACUUUCAAAUCACUCUUCUUCGAAUUCUUGAAUCUGUCGCCGACGAGUCGCUUGUAAUUCUCAAAAGCCCUGAUAUUUUUACCCGUGAGGUUCUCCCCAGUUUGGCUGUUCUGUAUAAGGGCAACAAGGAUGGUGACACCAGGUUUCUGUGCUUCAAAAUCUUGUUUGAUGUGAUGGUAAUUUUUCUUAAUGAACAAUCUGAAGAUGAGCCAGGGUCCAAAGAAUUGCAAUCCAUAUCCAAUACAAACUUUCUUCCUCUCUACCCUUCCUUGAUUGAAGACGAAGAUCCAAUCCCCUUGUACGCGCAAAAGCUGCUUGUGAUGCUGAUUGAUUAUAGUUACAUCAAAAGUGCAGACAUUCUACAUCUGAAGAUAGUUUGCAAUGCUUUGAGUUUUUGCUGGGCGAUCUCUCAAGUGCAAAUGUAAACAUGUUCUGCUAUGCUUGGCUCUGACAUCUGCUCCUGAAAUGGAAACCAUGCAAGUUACUUUCUGAGCCAUGGUGAUCAGCAGCAAGGUAUAAGAUAUAUCACGGACUUUGACAGCAAUGUUGCUGUAUUGCUAGUGUUAAGUAGGUCUCACGGAGGUAGUGUGGCAGAUAUAGCUUCAGAAUGUGUUGUUUUGUUGCUCAAGGCAGCUCCAAGGGAAGGCACAGCUGGUCUACUAACUAAUGUUCCAAAAGUUACUGCAAUGCUCGAGUCUUGGCAUAGAGGCAUAUCUCAUUUGUUGGUGCAGCGAGUGCUACAUGCGCUUGGUUAUGCUUGUAGGCAGUAUUUGUUACAUGUAAUGAUAUUGUCGAUGUCGAUUCCUGAGAUUCCAAGAAUUGAGGGCAUAGUUUCUGAGCUUAAAGGUUCAGGUGUACCUACUUUAGUCACUGCUGCUUUUCAUGUGGCUGUGGAGUUUCAGUGGCUUCCUCGCUGCAUGUGAAUCCCCGCAGGUUGUAAGCUGAUUUCUUUUCCCUAUUGUCUUGUGUCAUAACAUUUAGGCGAGGGCAAAUCUUUUGCGUCGUACAUGUGUGAUCCAUGUACUCUGUAUCUCCGUUGGAUUUUACCAUCUGAGUUUUCUCUUCCAUUACACUUUGAUCUUUUUUCUUCUGGAA